UAACAUUUUCCGUAACGUUAUUCCAUCAACAUCAACCAGAAUAAUGAACGGCAUCAAUGGGCACAUGGCCCCUCCGGGCCUUUGGCAAGAGGCGCGCAAUGCCGAAGGGCGAGUGUAUUACUACAACACUAUCACCAAAGCGACCCAGUGGACCAAACCUGAGGAGCUCAUGACUGUAGUGGAGCGCGCUCUGGCCGAUCAACCAUGGAAGGAAUACACUGCUGAAGGUGGCCGUAAAUACUGGUAUAAUACCGAAAGCAAACAGAGCUCGUGGGAGAUGCCCGCGGUCUUCAAGGAUGCGCUUUCGAAAGAAGCUGUUCCUGCGCAAGCCGCGACGCCAUCGUAAGUUACACUUCUUAUUAUCCACCUUAUAUAUGCCGAUCUGAUCUAUUUAGUGCCCCGAAAUUUGUUGCUGGAGGAGGUUUCUCGCAGUACGAUCAGCCACGCGACAGAGAGCCGGUUGGCGAAGCUCGUCAAAUCGCAUAUGGCAACGAUGUCAACGGAAGCAGAGCCCAAGUGUUCGUGCCCGCAAAUACCGACCCCGACUAUUCAACUUUCGAAGAAGCAGAGACAGCGUUUUUGAAGCUUCUCCGACGAAGCGGAGUGAGGCCGGAUUGGACUUGGGAAGAGGCCAUGCGCGCGAUUAUCAGAGAUCCACAAUACAGAGCUUUGAAAGAUCCAAAAGAUCGCAAGGCGGCUUUUGAGAAAUUCGCGGUCGAGGUGCGCCUAGAAGAAAAGGAUCGGGCGAAGGAGAGGCUUACCAAGCUUCGUACGGAUUUCAGCACUAUGCUGCGAAGUCACCCUGAGAUCAAGCAUUAUUCACGCUGGAAGACUGUUAGACCUAUCAUUGAAGGCGAAACGAUCUUCAGGUCCACAGACGACGACAAUGAGCGGCGCCAACUAUUCGAAGAUUACAUUAUUGAGUUAAAGAAGACAAACAUGGAGCGCGAGGCUUCAACUCGCAGGGCCGCUAUGGACGAGCUUGUUGAGAUCAUGCAUGGUCUUAACCUGGAACCGUACACUAGAUGGGCAGAGGCACAAGGUAUCAUCCAAUCAAACCAGCGAUUCAAAGGUGAUGAGAAAUUUCAGACACUCACGAAAUCUGAUAUGUUGACCGCUUUCGAGAAUCAUAUCAAGUCUCUGGAGAGAACAUUCAACGAUGCUCGCCAACAGCAGAAAAAUCAGAAAUCGAGACGAGAACGCCAGAACCGCGACCGCUUCAUUGACCUUCUGAAUGACUUGAGGAAAGCUGGAAAGAUCAAGGCUGGGGCUAAAUGGAGUCAAGUAUACCCCUUAGUUCAAUCUGACGAAAGGUACACCAAUAUGCUCGGUCAACCAGGCUCUACGCCACUGGAUUUGUUUUGGGACAUUGUUGAAGAAGAGGAACGAGCCUUGCGUGGAACUCGGAAUGAUAUAUUGGACGUGUUGGAUGACAAACGUUUUGAGAUACAGCAGAAGACCACCUUUGAGGAGUUCCUUACCCUUAUGCAAACAGACCGGCGUACUGCUAACAUCGAUCGAGACGCUUUGUCUUUGAUAUUUGGAAGGCUGCAUGAGAAGGUAUCUCGUCGAAAUGAAGACGACAAACAUAUGGCAGAGCGAAAGCAACGCCGUGCUGUAGAUGACCUGCGAUCUUACAUGAAACAUCUGGAGCCUCCAAUCAAGGCGGAUGACACUUAUGAGAAGGUUAAGCCUCGCAUUGAGCGAUCAGGAGAGUACCUUGCCCUUCCCAUUGAUGAUCUACGCCGCUCUGCUUUCGAUAAGGUUAUUCGUCGUUUGAAAGACAAGGAAAAUGAUGAGAGAGAUCGAGCCAAGCGCCGUGACAGAGAGUCUAUCGAGAGAUCAAGCUAUCGAGAUGGGGAAAGAGAGAGAAUUGACAGGGAUAGAGGUGAGAGAUCUCACCGAAAUGGUGUCCGCCAUGCUAGGCCAAGUCGCAGCCCCGAGCCCGAUGCAUACGAGGCAGACAGACGCAAGGCUAUCGCCGAUCGUGAGAAGAACUACCGCAAAGGUAACGUUGCAGAUACUCUACUCUCACCUGCCCGCCGAGGAAGCGAUCGGUCUGAAAGGGAUCGCGACUUUGAUAGGUCUCACAGAAGCCGGCGUGAUGAUCCUCUCGAUCACCAUGAGAGGGAUCCCCGCGACAAGAGAGAGCGAGAUGACGACCGCGAGAGGCUCUAUAGGAGGAGAGGUGACCCAAGGGGUAGCAUUGAUGAGUUGCCCUAUGGUGAUGAGAGGCCGAGUUCGGUCAGGCGUAGAAGGGCUGACAGUGACCUUGAAAGCGGGGGUAGCAAAAGGGAUUCUAAGGUUCGUCGAUUUUCUAAAAACUGUGCUCAGCGUGAUCACAAUUUCGGCCGUCUGGCCUCCCCGUAUUAG